GUCCUGCUGAUUUUAAAAGGACACUGAGCGGGAGGAAGGCUACUGGCGCCAUCUUGACUCUUUUCAUGAGUACAACAGGAAGAGAAUCGCUGGGAGGAGUUGCAUAAUCAUUGAUAUUUAUUUUGAAAGGGGGGGUAAAAUCGGUGCUCUUACCCCCGGUUAUUCAAGAGCUAGCAACCAACCGGGGCAAUGUUCUACGCCCACUUCGUGCUGUCCAAACGUGGGCCUCUGGCCAAGAUCUGGCUAGCGGCCCACUGGGACAAGAAGCUGACCAAGGCUCAUGUGUUUGAAUGCAACCUGGAGAGCAGCGUGGAGAGCAUCAUCUGCCCCAAGGUGAAGAUGGCGCUGAGGACCUCGGGUCACCUCCUGCUGGGCGUGGUGAGGAUCUACAACAGGAAGGCCAAGUACCUCCUGGCUGACUGUAACGAAGCCUUCAUCAAGAUCAAGAUGGCUUUCAGACCAGGUGUGGUGGAUUUACCUGAGGAGAACAGAGAGGCGGCCUACAACGCUAUCACCCUACCUGAGGACUUCCAUGACUUUGACCAACCCUUACCUGACCUUGAUGACAUAGAUGUAGCCCAGCAGUUCACCCUGAACCAGAGCAGAGUGGAGGAGAUCACUAUGAGAGAGGAGGUGGGGAACCUCAGCCUCAUGCAGGACAAUGACUUUGCUGACUUUGGCAUGGAUGACCGUGAGAUGAUGAGGGUAGAGGGAGGCUUUGAGGAGGACAUCAUCCAUGGAGCGACAGCCUCUAAUCUUCUGCUGGAGGCGGAGCCUGGGCCUGCUCACCUGCCGGACAAGUCCAACCACCUAGAGUACGAUGACUUUGGAGACACCAUGGAGAACAACGAAGGAGGGAUGCUGGUGGAUAAACUGCUGUCCCAGGAGGAUGGAGGUGGUAUCUUUGACGACCCUCCAGCCAUCACAGAGAGCGUGAUGGCACCCCCUGACCAUGGAGAUGAUGAGGACGACUUUGACAACCUACAGUCACCCGGUCCAGACAGUCCUGACUCCGGCCCAGUGGAGCCCCUGCCGGCCAUGCAGGACCAGACCGAACAGACCACCCUGGUUCACAAUGAGGAGGAGGCCUUUGCCCUGGAGCCCAUCGACAUCACCGUGAAAGAGACCAAGGCGAAGCGGAAGAGGAAGCUGAUUGUUGACAACCUGAAAGAGCUGGACAGCAAGUCGAUCCGCGCCCAGCUCAGCGACUACUCUGACAUCGUGACCACGCUGGACCUGGCCCCUCCCACCAAGAAGCUGAUGAUGUGGAAAGAGACGGGAGGAGUGGAAAAACUGUUCUCUCUCCCCGCACAGCCUCUCUGGAACCGCAAGCUGCUGAAGAUGUUCACGCGCUGCCUGACCCCUCUGGUGCCGGAUGAGAUGAGGAAGAGGAGGAAGGGAGGUGAGGCGGACAGCCUGGAUGAGUUCCUCAAGGACCUGGAGAACCCUGAGGUUCCCAGAGAGGAGGCUCUGUCUGGCAGGGACGUUAUCGACCAGACCAUCAUGGAGGAGCCCAGCAUGCUGCAAGCCUCGGCCAUGGAGGGCAGUAGGACCACCCUGGAUGAGUCUGUCAUGCCACCACCAUCCACCCCACACGGAGUCAAACACAAGGCCCACGACAAGGAGGCUGGCCUGCCUAUGGGAGCCCAGGAGCCUCAGGCUGAUCACUCAGUCCUCUCGUUGGCUCAGGCUGAUCACUCAGUCCUCUCGUUGGCUCAGGCUGAUCAGUCAGUCCUCUCCAUGGCCCAGGUAGACCUGCCCCCAGAGGAGAGCCUCAACCUCACACAGCUGGUGCCUGAACUGGACCUGCUGGACAAGGAGAAGAAGGACAAGGACGACAGUGAUGAGGAGGAGGAGGAAGGUGAUCCAACCCAGGACCAGGAGGAGAAGAGAUGGAACAAGAGGACCCAGCAGAUGCUGCACGGCCUUCAGCGCGUCAUGGCCAAGACGGGAGCCGAACAGGUGAGCCUGUUGGAGCUGUGCCGAGACAACAACAAGAAGCAGGCAGCCGCCAAGUUCUACAGUUUCCUGGUGCUGAAGAAACAGCAGGCUAUUGAGCUCAACCAGACCGAGCCUUACAGUGACAUUAUCGCCACAGCCGGACCAAGAUUCCACCUCGUUUAGACACUGCUUGAGGUCCAAAUGGCACCCUAGUUUCUAUAUAGCGCACUACUUUUGACCAGAGCCCUAUGAGACCCUAGGGGCUCUGGUCAAAUGUAGUGCGCUAUAUAGGGAAUAUGGUGCCAUUUGGGACGUGCUCAUUGGAAAUGGCUUUUUCACAAUUUUUUUCUGUUUUGUUUUUAUUGGCCCUUUUUUUGUUGUUAUUUUUUGCCGUUUUUGGGGGGAGGCGUCUGAAUGCUAACUUUUAAAAAGGAUUGUACUGUAUCUACCAACAACGGAAUCAUGCAGUAUUGUUGUUUUUAAGUGAGGAAUGCAUAUAUAUUCAGUGUAUUUAUAUUUCCGGUCAAGUUCUUUUUCAUUUUUUAAAAAGCUUUCCAACCACACUAGUUUUAUUUUUGUUUAUUUGUAACAAUACAUUUCCCAGUGUUCUGUAAUGGUACAAUUCAUCAAAAGAUAACACCACAAAUUUUAGUCUCCGAUCAAGAAUUCCCCAAAUUUUAAAGAACAUUUACUUUCAUGUUACUACAUACAUGCUGUUUGCAGGUAUUGUUUAUAUCAUGAGAGAAAUUGAAUAAGUGCUCUUCACCUCAAGUUCUUCCUCAUUGCACUUGACAUAAAAUCCUGGUUUUCAUGAAAACCAUUUUUGUUUUAUAGGUUAUUUCUGUUGAUAAAUUGGCUACAUUGCGACUAUCAUUGAAUUGUAUUUUCUAGGUGUAUAAUAAUAAUAAUGGCAAUUUAUUCAUGGUGCAUCACGUUUAUUUUGUACCUCUACGGCUAUUUUUUUUUGUUGUUGCAUAAAGUAACUAGAUGCUUGUACAUGUUUCAAAGACAGUUGAUGAUCCCAUGUUUUUAGUCUAUGGUUAACUAGCUGUUGUGAUACUUCUGUAAAGAAUUUGAAAUAAAAGUGUUUUAAUUACUUGGUUA